UACGAAGCGGGAUUUCCAAAAACACAAAACUCUUUGCUCUCGCGCUCUUCCUCUAUCUCUCUCUAGGGUUUUCGUUUCAAAUUCUUUCAUUCUCUGAACUCGGAUCUGCCAAGCAUUCUUCUUUUUCCGGCCGUUGGCCGUAAUCCGAGUUCUGUUCUAGGGUUUCGUGAUGGUCGCUUGUCCCUAGUCCGGGCAAUGGCUCUUUUGCCUCUUGCCGCAGAAGAUGAGCGAUAGCGAGGAGCCUACUGAUGCCGGCGUCGGCUCUUCCGGGCGGUUUGAAUUCCUACAAGCGAGACGUGAUCUCCAGUCCAAUUGGGAGGUCGACCUAGCCAAGAACUUGGAGGAUUACCUCCUCAAGAUUUGUUCCGGCGAGGCCACUUCAGAGCCGUCGGUUAAUUUUGCAGAAGCUGCAUUGCUUCUCCAAGGUUCGGUUCAGGUGUACAGCCGGAAGGUGGAAUAUCUGUAUUCUCUGGUACUGCACGUUUUGGAGUUCCUUUCACAGAAGAGCAGAAAAGAUCAACAAGAAAAAGAUUGCGCCAAACAAUAUGAUAAUGCUCCUUCUGCAUCUAUUCAUGAAGAAGAUGAUGUAUUUUUGGGUUUAGAUGAUGUUCCGGUGGAAGCAAAGAAUUGUCGAGAUGAUGACAAGAUUGAGCUUUCUAACUAUUUCUUUAAGGCCCCUACAAAUUUACUUGUGCUUGAAGGGGAUUGUUUAGACACACGUGGUGAAGCUUAUGAACUAGAUUCCUAUCUGUUAGCGUCUAGUGAUUUCUAUGGAGAUUUUCUUCUUUUGGACCCUUGUGAUGCGGGAGGCAUUGAUAGUUUCUUACAGAAAAAUGCUUUUAAUAAAGCGAAGCCUUCAACUUACAAGGGCAUCUCUGGCCAACCCAAGACAAAUGAAAAUGUUUCCCAGACUCCAAUUGGAAGAUCUGGGGGAUCUAUUAAUGCAAGUCUUAGGAAGAACCAAAAGUUCAGUGUAAUUGAAACACCAGUGGUUGACCAUGCCUUUGAAAAGGAUAGUGUGAAUGAAUUUUCUGAACCACAUGCUGAUCAAAAUCACCCUGAAGAAACAUAUUAUUCUGAGGAAACACAUUUUGGAGAUGCAGAUACUCAUUAUGAUCCUGACGAGGAAGAAGAUCCGUGGAAGCCUUUAAAUCCUCAUGAACCUGGGAACUUGAAAGUAAAGGCAUUUAAAAAAGGUAGAAAUUUAAGACAGAAGGUAAAUCCUAUUUCAAAAAAGAAAAAUCAAUGCCCUCAAUUUCCCCUCGCAAAGAUGAAUGGUAUUAUCAGUUCAGAGCUUGCUGAAUCCAUUGAAGUGAAAGUCCGCCUAAGUGAAUCACAGAAUGCUUCUCAGUCUCCUGCUCUAUAUGAAAAGCUAAGAGGUUCUCUUUCCUUAGGAGGUCAUGUGUCUUAUGAUUUCUUUGCUGGUCUUGGAGCUGAAGACCAGGAUACUGGACUUGAGAAUGACCUUCCUGAUUUUGAUCAAGAUGACUAUGAUAUGGCCAUGGAACCACCAAGUUAUGGUGAGAAGGAAAGUGACUGUGCAACAAAACAUGGAGCCGGAUUUUCUUCCCUGGAUGAUCUUGAUUGCAGUCAAAAUCUUGAAGAUCUUUGCAGAUCACAUCUGGAUGGUCUUCUUGCUAUGAUAGCUGAAACUGAGAAGCAGACUGAGCUAGCAGCACGUGUUUCAACAUGGAAGCAGAAAAUAGAGAAAACUCUGAAAGACCAAGACAAGCACCCGGCUUUUGAUAUUCACCAAUAUGGUGAGAGAAUUCAGGAUAAAUUGUCCCUUGAAGCUGAUGAUAGUGGAAGCGUGACCUUCACUGAUGUUGUUGUAGGCCAGCCCAAGCAUGAGGUUGCUAGGACAUUUUCUGCUCUCCUCCAACUGGUAAAUAAUGGAAAUGUUGAUUUACAAAGACCUCAACCAAGCGAUGAUUUGGUUUGCUACACAGCAAAAAAACCCUUCCACAUCAAACUUCUUCGCAGCGAAAGGCGAAAAGUGCAAAUUAAUGUACCUUCAACCAAGAAGAGACUGCCAUCUCCUUUACACAAAGGUAACGAGACCUCCUCUCCAUUGAAGCCAUCAAAAGCAAAUGACAAGCUAUCUGUAAAGCUCAAGAAGGGUGGCUUAAUUCGUCAUACUCCUGAAGGAAAACGGAGGCGAAGAGCUGGUCUUGCUAAACUUCAGCAUUCAGCUACUGAUGUGUGAAAAUGGCCCUCUGAACUUCAAAUAUGGUGAAAAAUAGUUGCAGAAUGCUCGCUCAUCAAUGUAUUGUAGCUCAAAUAAUCCAUCCAAGUCUCAGUUAACAUUGAGGCAGCAGGGAAAUCUGCAUUACAUUAUGAUGCCAUAGAGUAGGAACUUAAAAUGUAAAGUUUGGGAUUUUUUUUCACAAGCCUGUAUGUAAUAUAAUCGAACAGUAGAUUCUUAAUUGUCAAUCUCUCAUUGUAUUAGCUGCCUAAGUGUUCUUGAUUAGUUUCUCCGGGCGUUUAUGACAAAGAUGAUUAUUUUUGGAUUCA